AUUGUGGUCUGAAAACCCAAAAGUUGAAAAGGGGCGCCAGCCGCGUAAGCCAUGGCGCGGAAAAAAAAUGUGUGAGAAUUUUCUUUCCAAAAUAAAUAAAUUAAAUUAUAUCAUAAAUUACUUUCGGCGUAAGCGAUGAUAUCAUCAACAUUUUGUGUAUAAAUACCCCAAAAAUAUGUCUGUAGAGGAAAAACUUCAAACUCCAGUAGAAUACGAUUCCUUUAAGACUUUUACCAUAUAUUUUUUUGAGAUCGAUUUCGGAAGAGAGUGGGUUCAAUGGAAAACUCUAGUGCAGAUAAGAAGAGGGUGGUAAUCGUAGGCGGUGGUGCGGCUGGUUCUAUUCUAGCUCGCUCUAUUCAGUUCCUUGCACACGUUGUCCUCAUCGAUGAGAAGGAGUAUUUCGAGAUUACAUGGGGGAUGUUGAGGGCAAUGGUGGAGCCACCAUUUGCUGAAAGGAUGGUGAUUAAUCACUCUGAUUAUCUUAGCAAUGUGGACAUUGUUGCAUCUGCUGCAACUAAUAUCACAAAUGGGAAAGUUUUCACUGCAGAUGGAAGAUCGUUUGCUUACGAUUAUCUUGUUAUUGCCACCGGUCACAAGGAUUCUUUUCCCAAGACUAAAGCUGAGAGGCUCAGUUAUUUUGAAUCAGAAUUUGAAAAGAUCAAGUCUGCUGAUUCAAUUCUGAUUGUGGGUGGAGGUCCCACUGGUGUGGAGCUUGCUGGUGAAAUUGCUGUUGAUUUUCCAGAAAAGAAGGUGACACUGGUGCACCGUGGGUCUAGAUUGCUAGAAUUUGUUAGUUCUAAGGCUUCCAAGAAGGCAUUGGAUUGGUUGAUAUCAAAGAGAGUUGAAGUGCUCUUAGAUCAAUCAGUUAAUCUGGAUGGUAUAACUGACGGUGUUUACAAAACGUCUAAGGGAGAAACUAUAAAAGCAGAUUGCCAUUUCUUGUGUAUUGGUAAACCAGUGGCGUCAUCUUGGCUUGCUGAGACUGUUCUGAAAGAUUGUGUGGACACACAUGGAAGAUUGAUGGUUGAUGAGCACUUCAGGGUCAAGGGUCAUUUAAAUGUCUUCGCUGUUGGAGACAUCACAGAUACCAAGGAGAUGAAACAAGGGUACAUAGCAGAGAAACAUGUCGAUGUGACUGUCAAGAAUUUGAAGGUGUUGCUCGAUGGAGGAAAUGAGAGCAAGAUGGUAAAAUACAAGGGCACUUUCCAAGCUGCACUUGUUUCACUUGGGAGGAAGGAAGGUGUAGCUGAAUUUCCAUUUAUUACUAUCAGUGGAUGCAUUCCUGGGAAGAUCAAGUCCGGGGACUUGUUUGCGGGAAAGACAAGGAAACUCCUUGGACUGAAGCCAUAAUCCUAACCAUUCUUGAAGAUGAAACUUCAUUCAGAAUGUGAAUUUUUCUAUUAUUAUUUUAAGUUCUUUAUUUCUAUCUGUAUGGUUUAGAUGUAUAUUUUGAAUGUACAUGUCAUUACACAAAGUGAGUUUCCGUUAUAAAAAUUGUUAUAUCAUUACGUGUAAUUUAAAGAUGUAUAUUUUGGGGUGUCCAUAUCAUUACUGGGCAAAUAAAUAUUCAUAUAUUUAAGAGGAUUUAA